AGAUAUGGCAGCAUUUUCUUGUCACCUUACUUGAGAACGAAAUGAUGGCGAUUUAACCAAGGAGGCAAAUACUUAAUUAUCUCCCGCACGGUGCUUCCUCCCACCGGCCCGCAUCGCGCAGCCCGCCACCUGACAGCGUCUCCCUCGCAGCCUCGCCUGCAACCCGCAGCGCAGGCGCAGCGGCGAACGGCGGCGGCGAGCACCUCCACAACCUGCCGGCGGCCAGUCGUCGGCGAGCGGCGUUCAUGCUUGGAUUCCUUAAUCUUAUGGCUUCCUUCCUUAGGAUAUUGUAAUUCAGCAAGCGUUGAACUGAAUUUGUGAAAACAGAGAUGAGUUCUCUGAAGAAAUCCGACAAGAAAGCUGCCUUGGAUUUUGCAGCAUGGAGUUUCAAUGUUACUACAUCAGUUGGAAUCAUCAUGGUCAACAAAGCUUUAAUGGCUACUCAUGGAUUUAGUUUUGCCACAACUUUAACUGGGCUUCAUUUUGUUACUACCACUUUGAUGACUAUCGUAUUUCGGUGGUUAGGCCUGAGCCAGCCUUCCCACUUGCCGCUAGCAGAUCUUAUCAAAUUUGUCAUAUUUUCAAACUUAUCGAUUGUUGGGAUGAAUGUGAGCUUGAUGUGGAACUCUGUAGGCUUUUAUCAGAUAGCAAAGCUGUGCAUGAUACCUGCAUCAUGUCUUCUGGAGGUUGUCUUUGACCAUGUACAUUAUUCCCGGGACACAAAGCUGAGCAUAAUGGUUGUGCUUAUAGGAGUUGCAGUCUGCACAGUCACUGAUGUCAGUGUGAAUGCAAGAGGUCUAAUUGCGGCUGUUAUAGCUGUUUGGAGCACAGCUUUGCAACAAUAUUACGUUCAUUUUCUCCAGAGGAAGUACUCUCUGAACUCAUUCAACCUCCUGGGCCACACUGCUCCAGCCCAGGCAGGAUCCCUCCUGCUAGUGGGACCUUUCGUAGAUUUCUUGUUGACCGGCAAAAGGGUGGACCACUUCAAUUUUUCAUCUCUUGCUCUGUUUUUCCUUACGCUCUCAUGUUUCAUUGCCAUCGGUGUCAAUCUGAGCCAAUUCAUCUGCAUUGGCCGGUUUUCGGCUGUAUCCUUCCAAGUCCUGGGCCACAUGAAGACCGUCCUUGUUCUGUCCCUUGGGUUUCUCUUCUUUGGCAAGGAGGGCCUGAAUCUUCAGGUGGUUCUUGGGAUGGUCCUUGCUGUUCUUGGAAUGAUAUGGUACGGGAAUGCAUCGGCUAAACCAGGUGGCAAAGAGCGGCGUAGCGUACUGCCAGUGAGGUCUGCAAGUCUCAAGGGAAGUUCAGAAGAAAAGGGCAGUGCUGAGAAAUAGUCUUGCUGUCUCACUCAAAUAUAUAUGCACUUAGAUAUAAUAUAUAUUUAGAUGCAUAAUAAAAACUAUAUAUUCAAAAAGCCAAAAUGACUAAUAAUUUAGGAUGGAUAUACCUCAAAAGCCAAAUAUAUUCUACCGUUCAAUCA